AUGGGGCAACUGGGCAAGAAGGGCCUUGGUCAGGAAGAGAGUCCUAAAGCUGUGGUGAGCAUAAAGCCUCAUAAUCAGGUGUUUAGUGGAGAAACUGUCACUCUCAGAUGUGACAUACAGAGAGGAGGAGAUGCUGAGUGGACAUACAGCUGGAAUAAAACUGGUGGAUUUAACCCAGUUAGAACAACACAGGAGUUCAGUAUCAGUUCUGUUAGUAAGUCUGAUGGGGGUAAAUACACCUGCAGAGGUGAGAGGAAAAGUGACUCCCAGAAAUCAGAGAUCAGUGAUACUGUUAUACUGACUGUAUCAGACCGACCACAGCCGGUACUGAAUGUAUCUGUACAGAACUGGCUGACUGAAGGAGACUCAGUGACUCUAAGCUGUGAGGUUCGGGGCUCCACUACAGGUUGGAUAUUCAGCUGGUACAAAGUGAUUCAAUACAGAAACAACUUAAUUAGAAGAGAAAACUUAGUUCUCCUCUCAAACAGUAGCAGAGCAAACACUCUCAGCCCUGCUGUUCCCAAUCACACAGGGGUUUAUGUAUGUGGAGCAGAGAGAGGAGAACCAGUCUAUCACACACAGUACAGCCAACCACAACCACUGUGGAUCACUGGUGAAUCUGGUCCAGUGUCUCUCAUCAUCAGUCCCAGCAGAACUCAACACUUCUCUGGUGCUGCUCUCUUACUGAGCUGUAAAGGACAGAGAGACUCUCCUGGAUGGAGAGUGAGACGAUACAGAGAGAGUAAAGACGUGUCAGAUUGUUUAUCAGGUUGGAGAUCAGCCUCUGGAUCUACAUGCAGCAUCAGCUCUGUCUUCCCAUUACACACUGGAGUGUACUGGUGUCAGUCUGAAUCUGGAGGCAGCAGUAAUCCUGUCAACAUCACAGUGCAUGAUGGUGAUGUGAUCCUGGAGAGUCCUGUCCAUCCUGUAUCCAAGGGACAAUCUCUGACCCUGCGUUGUUUAUAUUACAACACAGACCUUUCAAACCUCCAAGCUGAUUUCUAUAAAGAUGGAUCAGUCCUCCCAAAUCAGACUACAGGCGAGAUGAUCAUCCACCGUGCCUCAAAUACAGAUGAUGGCUUCUAUCACUGUAAACAUCCAGAGAAAGGAGAGUCACUGAAAAGUUAAGUCUCAGUCAGAGUCAGAGAAAUCCCAAUAUCAGUGCUCAAAGUGAUCAGUAGUGUAAUGACGGUGUCUCUAUAUGUACUGGCCACAGUUGUUAUGGCAGUGAACUAUUACAGAGUUAGAGCUCUGACUAUUCAUGACAAAAUGCAGAAUGCAGGAAUAAAGGAAUGAUCACCCAUCAGUGACA